GCUUCCGGGCCCGACCGUUGGCAGCGUCGACAUGGGGAAGAUGGCGGCGGCGGUGGCCUCGUUGGCCACGCUGGCGGCGGAGCCGCGGGAGGACGCCUUCCGGAAGCUCUUCCGCUUCUACCGGCAGAGCCGGCGCGGGACGGCGGACCUGGGAGCGGUCAUCGACUUCUCGACGGCACACGAGGCCCCAGGCCCGCGGCCCGGCGUGCCCAAGGUGGUGAGAUUUCAUCUGAACGUGUCCUCCGUGACUGAGCAGGAGGCCUGUCGAGCAGGCCUAAAGCCUGUGAGCCAGUGGCGGGCCUAUGGACUCGAAGGCUAUCCUGGAUUUAUUUUCAUCCCAAACCCAUUCCUCCCAGGAUGCCAGCGGCACUGGAUAAAACAGUGCCUUAAGUUGUACUCCCAGAAACCUAAUGUAUGUAACCUGGACAAGCACAUGCCUAAAGAAGAGACCCAGAGUCCGUGGGAACAGAGCAAAGAGUUCCUAAGGUCUAAAGAAGUGAAUAAACGGAGACCCCGGACUUUACUAGAGAGACUACGCUGGGUCACGCUAGGCUACCAUUAUAACUGGGACAGUAAGAGCAAGUUGCUGCUGCCUGUGGAUUUCAGGGUUUCCGAGCAGAAGCAGGUAUCCUGAAUUACUACCGCCUAGACUCCACACUGGGGAUCCACGUGGACAGAUCUGAACUAGAUCACUCCAAACCAUUGCUCUCCUUCAG